AUGAGCGAUGGUACAUGGCGAGCUGAUGUUUGCCAUAAGAUCAACUCUGUCUUGCACACAGACGAUAUCCGUGUGAAGCGGGAGAGCGCGUCCAUAGGCGAAAGUAGCGGGAGAGCCGAGGCCACCUCCUGGAUAAACCACUGCUUGGAUUCAACCUGUGCUGCUUACCUGCAGGUGCUUCAGUCAGCUGUCGAGAGUCCUUCUCGUAGACUCCCUCCCUCUGACACCAUUUUGGUACAUCUCUCACUGGCCAACCUGCUGACUUCUCUUUUCCGCACCGUGCCCAUCUUUGUGUCGGACCUUGGCCUGAAUGUUUCCCUGUCCCCAGGAUGGUGCCGUGUCUUCAUGCUACUGUGGGUUUGGUGGCGAGCUGUGGGCUGCUGGGUGACUCUAGCUUUAAGUAUGUUCCACUGCACCACCCUGAGGCGACAGCAGGUGACCUUUGGACCUCUAGCCCUGCAGAGGGAGAGGCGGCGGGUAUGGAUUGUUCUGGCCCUUGUAUGGGGGGCAAACCUGGCCUUCUCCAUUCCAGCUCUGUUAUACAGCACUCAUGUUCACGGCAACGCCACUGUGGAGCUGAUGGUGAUCAGCUCCACCACCAGGCCUCUGCUGGGCUGUGUGUGGGAGUUCCCCACCAUCCAGCAGGGCUCAGCCUUCGCCUCCACUUCACUGGCUUUUAAUGAAGUGUUACCACUGGUGCUGAUGGUUUGUACCAACCUGGCCACACUCCAUGCUCUAGCAAAACACAUCCGAGCUGUCACCUCUGGGGGAGAGACAGGGGGAGCACAUGGAGAGCUGGACAAACAUGUGGCCAGUGAACGUAAAGCAGCUCACGUCAUCAUGUCUCUAGUGACGCUCUUCGUAGUCUGCUGGGUGCUGCAGGUUGCUGCAGUGACCUACUACAACCAUGAUGGGGGACAUCAUGCAGAAGGGCUGCUGACUGUGGCCCACUUCUCUGCGUCGCUAUUUGUGGGAUUCAGUCCCAUGGUGGUUGCCCUUGGACACAGCAAACUGAGGAGAAGAAUCAUAAAUAUGAUACUGGGUCGUUCUAAACUUCUUAAAUGUUUCAGUAAAAACACUGAUAAAGGAGGCAAAACCUCAAAGUCUAAAGGAAAUAAAAACAUAUCUACUGUUCAAAAGGAGCAAAACGUCAUAAAAGUAGAGGAAAAGGUUAAAUCAAUAAAGUGAGGGAAACUAAACUUAGUGCAUCUAUACAAGACUACUGAACAAACACUAACAAUAUAUCUAAAAGAGCAAAGAUGCUUUACCUGUGCAGCAUUUUUCUUCAAUUUGUUUCUGAUUUCCUUUUUUUUAAGACAUUUCAUUUAAUUUAAGUUGUGAGUGAAAGUAACACAUUGUAUGCUGUCUUGGCUGAUGCUGGAACCAAGAAAGUCUAAUGCUGCUCUUUUUAGUGAUCCUGAUAAUCUGGCUCAGCUCAAGAAGAAAAUAUGGCUCUUUCAGCUCCCAGACCAAUUUGACCUCAUUAGAUCAACCAAAUUUAGCAGUGUUAUGUAGAUAACAUAGCUAAUACUAAGCUCAAAAACAGCUACCUAUGUUAUAUAAGUUGUUACCUUAACAUUUACUAAAGCUCACGUUUCUAAAUCUAACUUAGCAGCAUUCGCUUAUGUAGGAAUGCAGUUGCAUAGCUAGCUGGCUAUGAGCUAGAACAGUGAGCCGCUGUUCAUGUAACUAUU